GUUAUAGGUUGUCCAGUAUAAAGCCUGCUGAACCUUACGUAGAAGCAUCUCGGCAGCAAGCCCAACUGCAAGAAUGCUUUCGCAAGCCGCUGUCUCGUUCCGCUCGCGCUACUCCAGCGCGCUGCUCGCUGCAGCUGCUGUGUCGGGCACAGCCUAUGCCGCGCUCAACCGCGAGGGCACGAGCGUUGCGCACGCCGAGGCUGCCAAGCCGGCUAGCACCACCGCGCUGGACCCCAACGAGUUCCGGGCGUUCAAGCUCAAGGAGAAAAAGCAGCUGACCAAGAACACCUUCCUGUACAGGUUCGAGCUUCCGGACAACCAGACGUCGGGCAUCUUCACCGCAUCCUGCCUGGUGACGCGCGCCAUGCUCAAGGCCAAGCCGGAGGACGACAAGCCCAAGGCCGUCAUCCGGCCCUACACGCCCACCUCCGCCAACGAGGCCAGGGGCUACCUGGACCUGGUGGUCAAGGUGUACGACCAGAUCUCGCUGGUGUACGCCAGUGUGAGCGAGAGCGACAUCAUCCUCAAGGACAAGCUGGACGCGCUGGCUGCCGCGCACCCCGCGCAGCUGUCGGUGCACUACGUGGUUGACAAGGCGGCAUGGGGCGGCCUGUUCUGGAAGGGCAGCCAGGGCCGGGUCAGCAAGGAGCUGCUGGCGGCGCAGCUGCCCGCCGCCUCCAAGGACAGCCUGGUCAUGGUGUGCGGCCCGCCCGGCAUGAUGGUGGCGGUCAGCGGCAACAAGGCGCCCGACUACUCGCAGGGCGAGGUGAGCGGCCUCCUCAAGGAGCUGGGCUUCGACUCCUCCAACGUCUACAAGUUCUAAACACGUGUGACACAGACACCGGGAUGCUAUGGCCGAUCCGGGAUGCUAUCGGCGAUCCGGGAUGCUACCGCCGAUGCUACCGGCGACUCGCCAGCCUGGCGGGCUCCGGUCCCUCUCUAGUGCUGAUGGUCGGUGUAUGGCGGCGGUGGCAAUGUACGGUGGCGGUGCCCUGUGUGUGUUAGGUGAGGCUGGAGUCAGGAGCCCUGGAAGGGAGAGGCGGCGGCUGGGCGGCUUACCGUGUGUACGGUGUGGUGUGGUGUCGUACAUACAGCCGUGUGCGCGACCUGGUGCAUGUGGAUUCAGGUUGCUCGUGAUAGGGUUAUAGGAUCCACGAAUGAGGGUCUGUUGGCGGUUAGGCACGCCUGCGUCCAGACAUGCGUGUGUGUAUGUGAUCUUUCGCUGAGGCGAUGCGAGGUGCCGGGGGCCAGGGGGGGGCCUUGGGGGGGCCCUGCGUGCCGUCCACGCGGAAGAAUCAGCGGUGAGCCGUAUCGGGCCUUUAUUGGGCGACCGACCAGAUGCUAACUGUUGAGUGCCAGUGGCGUAAACCGCAACCGGGCGUGUAGCGAGACUCAGCAGGUGGGCGUGCCUGCACGGGGUUGCAUCUAGAGCAGGGCGUCGUACUACUAGCGAGUGUUUGCUGGCUCGUGAGCUGCGUGCCUGCGCCAGCACUCAGCAGAUCCGUCGUGUAACCCAUGCAAUCU